CUCGCCCAGUAGCCCCGCCCCCUCCCAGGCACGUGCCCCGCCCGUCGUGGCGCGCGGUGCGAGAAGAGAGGCGGGGCGCGGGGCGCGCCCGUCCGCCCGCCUGAGUUCAGUCCAGGCUUUGUCUCCGCCUCCGCCGGCGGAGCCGCGUCCCAGGGGCCGGGAGGCGGGCGCGGAGGGGAGGUAGGGAGGUAGGGCAACCGCAGGCAGCGGCAGGCAGCGGGGGACAGCGGCUCCCGAGUCCUUGCCGCGCACAGUCCAAUGCCUGGCAGCUCGGGGCGAGGAACGACUGCGCCUUCCUGCCGUGGCACGACGAGUGCCUCCAGACUAGGAGUUUUCCUGAAGCAGCCGUCACACCGGGAGCACUUUUGGUAGAGAGGGAGCAGGAAGAGACCCCGAAAUGACUUACUUCCCGAGGCGCGACUGAAGGGGACUUUACUGGAGUGGAACCGUAGUGGAAUUUGAGUCUGGAAAGGAGUUGCUUACGCCUUCAUUUUUUUUCCUAUUUUUUCUUCCACACCCCCCCCCCCUUUUUUUUUUUUUUUUUAAUUCCCUGUGCCCUUCCUUCUUUUCGCCCAUCAUUGGAAGUGAACAAAUUGCAUUUGCAAUUUAGAAAGUAGAAAUAUUAAAUAUUCCAUCCCCAGGAAGCACACAUGUAGUAAUGACAAAGGAUUGCAAAGGAGAGAUUGGCUCCAGUUUCCCAGAGAGAUCCCCUUAAAUGGAUUACUAAAUGGGACACUACAUCAGCUAGUUCUGUCCUCUAGCUGCCUAGAUACAUGCACCGAAAAGGGUGAAGUGAAGAAGUGAAGCCUCCCAGCUGAACUACUAUGAGGUCAGAAGCCUUGCUGCUAUAUUUCACACUGCUACACUUCGCUGGGGCUGGUUUCCCAGAAGAUUCUGAGCCAAUCAGUAUUUCGCAUGGCAACUAUACAAGACAGUAUCCAGUGUUUGUGGGUCACAAACCAGGGCGGAACACCACGCAGAGACACCGGCUGGACAUCCAGCUGGUCAUGGUCAUGAACAGGACCCUCUACGUUGCUGCUAGGGAUCAUAUUUAUACAGUUGACAUGGACACAUCACAUUUGGAAGAAAUCUAUUUUAGCAAAAAACUGACGUGGAAAUCUAGACAAGCUGAUGUAGACACAUGCAGAAUGAAGGGAAAACAUAAGGAUGAGUGUCACAAUUUUAUUAAGGUUCUCCUGAAAAGAAAUGAGGAUACACUGUUUAUCUGUGGAACAAAUGCAUUCAACCCUUCUUGCAGGAACUAUAAGAUGGAUACCUUGGAGUUCCUGGGAGAUGAAUUCAGUGGAAUGGCCAGGUGUCCCUAUGAUGCAAAGCAUGCCAACGUUGCGUUGUUUGCAGAGGGAAAGCUUUAUUCUGCCACAGUGACUGACUUCCUUGCAAUAGAUGCAGUCAUAUACCGGAGCCUUGGAGACAGCCCAACUCUGCGGACAGUUAAACAUGACUCAAAGUGGUUGAAAGAACCAUACUUUGUCCAGGCAGUAGACUAUGGCAAUUACAUUUACUUUUUCUUCCGGGAAAUAGCAGUGGAGUACAACAGCAUGGGAAAGGUAGUUUUCCCAAGGGUGGCUCAAGUUUGCAAAAAUGACAUGGGAGGAUCUCAGAGAGUGCUGGAAAAACAAUGGACUUCCUUUCUCAAGGCUCGUUUGAACUGCUCAGUUCCUGGCGAUUCACACUUCUACUUUAACAUACUGCAGGCAGUUACAGAUGUUAUCCAUUUCAAUGGCCGGGAUGUUGUUUUAGCAACCUUCUCCACACCAUAUAAUAGCAUCCCUGGCUCUGCAGUCUGUGCCUAUGACAUGCUUGACAUCGCUAAUGUAUUUACUGGGAGAUUCAAAGAACAAAAGUCUCCAGACUCCACGUGGACACCAGUUCCUGAUGAACGAGUGCCCAAGCCCAGGCCUGGUUGCUGUGCUGGAUCUACAUCAUUAGAAAAAUACGUAACUUCUAAUGAGUUCCCAGACGAUACUCUGAACUUCAUUAAAACACAUCCACUGAUGGAUGAGGCUGUACCUUCCAUUGUCAAUCGUCCUUGGUUCCUGAGAACAAUGGUCAGAUACCGCCUGACCAAAAUUGCUGUGGACUCUGCUGCUGGGCCAUACCAGAACUACACUGUGGUUUUCUUGGGAUCAGAGAAGGGAAUCAUCCUGAAGUUCUUGGCACGCACAGGAAACAGUGGUUUCCUAAAUGACAGCCUUUUCCUGGAGGAGAUGAGCGUUUACAAUCCUGAAAAGUGCAGCUAUGACGGUGUAGAGGACAAGCGAAUUGUAGGCAUGCAGCUUGACAAGCCCAGCAGUGCCCUGUAUGUUGCCUUCUCCACCUGUGUCAUCAAAGUUCCCCUGGGACGUUGUGAACGUCAUGGCAAAUGCAAAAAGGCCUGCAUAGCAUCCAGAGACCCCUACUGCGGAUGGGUGAAGGAGAGCGGGGUGUGCACACAGCUGGUCCUUGGCUCCAAACUGGCGUUUGAACAGGACAUAGAACAUGGCAAUACAGAUGGCCUGGGUGACUGCCAAAAUUCCUUCGUAGCCCUGAAUGACAUUUCAACUGCUUCACCUGAUCACGAAAUGUCUUACGACACAGUAUAUGGACACUCCAGUUCCCUAGUCCCAAGCACCACCACUUCUGACUCUGGCGCUCGACAGGGUUAUGAUGCUAGGGGACGCAUGCUGGAUUGGAAGGAUCCGCUUGGUUCAUCUGAAAAUACAGAUCCAUAUGUGGCAGUUUCAUCCCAUAAUCAUCAAGACAAGAAGGGAGUGAUUCGCGAGAGUUACCUGAAGGGUCACAAUCAGCUGGUGCCGGUCACCCUGUUGGCCAUUGCUGUUAUUCUUGCCUUUGUCAUGGGGGCCAUCUUUUCAGGAAUCAUAGUGUACUGCAUCUGUGACCAUCGCCGCAGAGACGUGGCUGCUAUGCAGAGGAAGGAGAAGGAGCUGACCCACUCCCGCCGUGGCUCCAUGAGCAGCAUGACUAAGCUCAGUGGCCUCUUUGGGGACACACAAUCCAAGGAGCCGAAGCCUGAAGCUAUCCUCACACCUCUGAUGCACAAUGGCAAGCUGGCUACCCCAGGCAGCACUGCCAAGAUGCUAAUCAAAGCUGACCAGCACCAUCUGGACCUUGCUGCCCUGCCAACUCCUGAGUCCACCCCAACCCUGCAACAGAAGAGAAAGCCAAGCCGUGGCAGCAGGGAAUGGGAGAGAAAUCAGAACCUCAUCAACGCCUGCACAAAAGAUAUCCCCCCAAUGGCAUCACCCGUGAUCCCGACUGACCUGCCACUCAGGGCUUCUCCUAGCCACAUUCCCAGUGUUGUGGUCCUGCCCAUAGCCCAGCAGGGCUACCAGCAUGAGUAUGUUGACCAGCCGAAAAUGAGUGAUGGGGCUCAGAUGUCUGUGGAGGACCAGAAUGCCACUCUUGAGUAUAAAACUAUCAGUGGCAAAAGCCCCAGCCAUGGGGUUAACCUGGUGGAAAAUCUUGACAGCAUGCCACCAAAAGUACCCCAGCGAGAGGCUUCCCUUGGGCCCCCAAACGCCUCACUGUCGCAAAGUGGCCUGAGCAAACGUCUGGAGAUGCACUCUUCUGCCUACAAUGUGGACUACAAGAGAAGCUAUCCUACAAACUCACUGACAAGAAGUCACCAGACAUCGACCCUCAAAAGAAACAACACUAACUCCUCUAACUCCUCCCACCUCUCCCGCAAUCAGAGCUUCAGCCGGGGUGACAACCCACCACCAGCCCCGCAGCGAGUGGACUCCAUUCAAGUCCAUGCUGCUCAGGCACAGGCUGUGACUGUAUCUCGGCAGCCGAGUCUCAGCGCCUACAACUCGCUGACAAGGUCAGGGUUGAAACGCACGCCCUCGCUAAAGCCAGAUGUACCUCCCAAACCUUCCUUUGCUCCGCUCUCCACGUCCAUGAAGCCCAAUGAUGCGUGUACAUAAUCAGAGUGAGGUGGGGGGGGGGAGGAUGGCGAUUAAUCAGAGGUUGCCCUUGAAAACCAGUGUUCUGCAACUGUUAUCACUCACUCCUCUGAGAAGAUGGUUGUUGCAAGCUGAAGAUGUGUUGGAUUUCUGCUCUCUGGGAAAAGUGGAAUAUUUUUUUAAACCCGAGCCAUAUGACACAUGGUCGAAGGUUUGCAAUUGCAGGACUCACCCCCACAACCCGCCAGUUCUUUGCUCAAAAGACUAACCCUUCAUCAUAAAACAUUGAGCCAAAAGCACACAGGUGAAAGAUGACUGUGACAUUUCACCCCCCCACCCCCAACUGCACAGUGCAUUCCUGAACUGGGAGACAGUGCUCUGAAAAGCAAAACAAAUACUUACAAAACUGAACAAGUUAAAAAAAAAAAAACACACAAAAACAAACACAAAACAAAAAAGCAAAGAAACAAAAAAUAUAAAAAAUUUAAAAAUUUUAAAAAAAAAAGGGAAAAAAAUCCAUUGAUAAAGCUAACUCUGACUUAACAAUGGCAGAAGUUUGCUACGUGCAGGUACUGUGAAAUGAUGCCCAUCAGUGUUACAGCCAUUUGGUUACAGCAGUUAAAUGCCGCGUUGGGCGAACUAUGUCAUAGAUUUCUGCUAUCCUUCUCUUUUAGUGAAUAACACGUGACUGUUAAUGCGAGUAACUCCUCUUAUUUAUUGUUCAACUUUUGGUUGUUUUUUCCUAAGGAAAUGACUUCUGCAUAUCAUCAUCCUGUGAGCAGCUCUUCAGAGAAGUACUUUGAAAUUUACACGUAUUUAACAUGAAGCCCAUUAACUGGAGUAAUUAAAACUCUUUUAUUUUUCCAAUAAAUUCACUGAGUUAUCUAAGUUGGAGCUGGAAUUCUGAACUUUGUGCCUGGACUGCCUGAUUAGCUGAAAAAAAAAGGGGAUAUCUAUUUAAGUCUCUCAGCUAAUUAGCUGCCUGGGCCUCUGACCUAAGACAGCAGCAAACAAAUACCACAAGUUCAUAACUUCUGAAGCAACUGCAAGAGAAACUCUUAAAAGCCGCACAUUUGUGCACCAUUGCUAUCAACAUGGCUUUGUCAGUAGCUAAUACUUUCUGUGAAGGCACCAGCUUGUGAUGUGCCAUCUCAUUUCACCUUGCAUGUGAGACGGCAAACAAAAUCCUCAAACAGUGUGAACUAGUUAAUAUGCCGGCUGUUACCAUGCAUAAAUUAUGGUCUUAUCACACGGGUUUUUCGUGGGAAUAUAUCUGUGAAUAGCCUGUUUUCUUCCACAUGUAAAUUUGUGCCUUACACCCUCAGUUGUGUAUACUUGUGAGCUGUAGUAUGUAAAACCUUUUUCUUUUUCCCCUUUGAGUAAUGCAAAUAUUUAUUCCUCCUCCAAGACCUUUGAAGAACUGGAGUAAAGACUUUGAAAGCAGAA